UGCAAAUCAUGUCAACUUGAUAUUAGUUAUUUCAUCUGUCAAUCAAUUCGUAUUGAAUGUCCAGUUCAUUUGUAACAGAUUGAAAUUUUAGUAAAUCUUUUUUUUCAAACGAUAAUAAAUCGUUGAUUAAAUCUCAAUUCGUGAAGUAAAAUUAGAAGCAGCUGUAGCUGAUCUGAUUUUUAUUGAGUUGAAUUAAAUUGAAUUUAAUUUGAAACGGCGUCGUUUUCUGGAUCUGAUCCAAACUGUAGUUGCUAAUGGUGGCAGUCAGUCUUGGAGUCGGAUUAUUUGUCUGGGUCGAGGAUCCAGCUGAAGCUUGGAUAGAUGGAGAAGUUAUUGGGGUCACUGGUGAAGAGAUGAAGGUUGCAUCUACUUCAGGCAAGACGGUUGUUGCUAAGUCAUCAAAUGUAUGUCCUAAAGAUGCCAAAGCACCACCAUGCGGAGUGAAUGACAUGACAAAGCUGGCUUAUUUGCAUGAACCAGUGGUAAACCGAGUUAUGAUCAAUGAAGGGAUAAGUCAGUCAAUUUUGGUUAGUGGAGAGAGUGGGGUUGGUAAAACUGAAAAUGCGAAACAACUAGUGCGGUCUCUUUCUUACGUGGGAGGUAGAGCUGCUACUGAUGGAAGGAGUAUUGAACAGAAAGUUCGUUUGGGCAAGAUAGAAUUUACGAAAGGGAAGGAAAUGGAUUCAUCUACUCCCAAAGAUGAAAAAUCUUGGUUGCACCUAAAAACAGCUGCGGAGCUUUUAAUGGAGAUGGAUCCAAAGAAAGUGGUAGUUGAUAUAAUUUCAGAUGAUGAUCAUAAAUGGCUAACAACGCUUUUAAAGGAUGUUGAUGAUGAUGUAUAUAAGGAUGAUGAUAAAGUUAUUAUGGUGGUUAAUGAGAAUAAAAAAUAUGUAGUCAAGAAUUUGAAAGUGAAAUUGGAAGUUAAAGACUGUUUAUUUGUUGAUGAUACUAAGGAUAUUGAUGAUGGUGAAUGUGUUGUUCUUGGGAAUGAUCCAAACGAGAAUUUGGAAGUUAAGAAUGAUGGUGGUGAGUGUAAAAAAGGCGGUGUUGAUGAGGAUGAGGAUGAGGACAUAGUCAUUAUUAGCGAAAAGGGACAGGUUGCAUGCCGAGAUUAUCCUCAUUCAAGGCAUCUUUGUGUCAAUUUCCCCUUCUCCACUACCCCUAAUCAAAGUCACUGCAAACAGUGCUACUGUUAUGUUUGUGACUCUCUUGCUCCAUGUGUCUAUUGGGGCAAUGGCAGUGCAACUACCGAUCAUUGUCAUGCGACAGAUAAGGACAGUAUAUGGAGACUCGCUAGGGAAAACGCCAGGAACGAUAGCAAAGGCAUCCAACCUGUUGAACAACCCCUCCGUGUGGACCCUCAGAGAUUAGCACCGGCUAUAGUUCAACCUCAAAAGUUGAUUACACGUCCCAACUCGAUUCUUGGUCCCUGCGCACCAAACUUUCGAGACUCUGAUGAGCUGCCAAAUUCAUGUCGUAAAACGCAAGUGGUCACAAACAAUAAAGGGAAGUGGAAUGAUGAAGUGCAAUGCAAUACGCAAAAAACUAGGUAUGAGAUGAAAUGUAUAUUAGCCAACCGUAGUAAGUAGCAAGCAAUGACCGAUGUGUCAACGAAAAGAUGGGUGAAUUGAAAACUCUUUUGAAUAAUUUUAUGUUUAAAAGUGAAAAGUGAAUGUAUGGCUGUUAGGUAUAUGACCUCUUAUAUACUAAUUUUGUAUUAUUUAUUGUAUAAUGGAUAAAUGAUUAGACCGAUUUUUAUAAAAUAAAA